AUGAGUGGAGACACCGUCCCAUCAUAUAAAGAUGAUGAGUGUGGUGGUUCCGCUCAGGUUAGGAACGACCCGCCGACUCUUACACCCAUCAAAGGCAGCGUCCCGACGCCGGACAAUUUGUGUUCAGUUUUCGACAAAAUUGACAACAUCGAAUUCAUAGACACCACGCCCUCCGAUCUGAACAAUCAGAAUUUCAAGGGAUAUCACACCAUCGAUACAGAUCAGGAAAACAAAGCGAACGUAACGCUCACCCCCACUGAUGACGAUGAUGUAUUUAAGACGCCACCUAUCAAGCAGCAGAAACCCAAGCUUAUAGUUCCAGAAAAACAGUGA